AUGGGGGAGAUGUACCAUAUGCACGGCCCAUUGGAGCCUGCUGAGGGGGACGUCCCCUCCUACGCACAGCUGUACUUUUACGAUCCUGCCCAGGCCAACAGUGCGCGUAUGGGGCAUCGGGCCAAUGGUGGUCUCGAUCUGACCAUACUCACGCAGCUGCUACAGAUGGUCGAGACAGAUUGCAACAAUCCUUGGAUUAAGAUGUACAAAACUGCACAUGAGCGGUUGCAGCAAGCUCACGAGCAAGACGAGGAAUUGCAGAUUACUCUUAAUCCACAACUGCAGUUGAUUGUGCAGGCCGGGGCCGAUUGA